AUGGAUGCCCUCCCGGCAGAACUCAUUCAUCAGAUUCUGGAGCUACUAUGCACCGAUGCAUCGGACCCGUUCCGGUUCCGCGCGGUAGCUGUAACAACUCCUGGGCAAUUAGUCUCCUUGCUCGACGCUUUCACGCAAUCAUCGCCUCUCGCGAAAGCGAGCAUGCGCCACCUCUUCAUGGUCGUGCAUAAGGAGAGCACGGAGGCUGGCAGCUACAUCCUCCAACGUACCUCGCACACCCUGGAGACUCUCACCUGCCUGAUCGAAGACAGCGGCGCGUCCGUCGACCAGACCAUCAUAUGGACUACGUUCCCCCGGCUCACCGCACUCACCCUGCGUUACCGCAUCUACCCGUACUACUUCUUCAUCUUCGGCGGCCCACCCGAGAGCAUCCCUACGCUGCCCAAUCUGCGCUACCUUCACGUAGCCCAAGAACGACUAGAGAAUAUUCAUGCCGUCCACAGGACCAUGGAUCUCUUUGCGCGGCGUACAGGGGGGCGGCUCGAGCGUGCCAGAGUGUCCAGCGUGAUAGUAGGAGAAGCGUCGAUACGAUCGCUGCAAGAGAUACUGUCGUUCGGGACUGUGGGGGGUGCUCCACCGGUACCCGCUAGUCUUCGAUAUUAUGUCAUCGAGUUGGACUCGGUAGCACGGUGGUGGUCGCAGCCGGAGUCACAGGUCACAGACAGGCUGGUGGAUCUCAAGCGGUGGGCCGAGGAGCAGGGCGUUGUGCAGCUCAUAAUUCUCCCUUCAAGUAGAACCUACGAGAAGACGCCAGAGAUGUGGAAGGAGGAGUGGCUGCAGGUGCAGAGUGGUGCCGUCGACCGGGUGGCAGAAUGGCUUGAUACGAUGCACGGUACCGCAAGUGUUGCAAGUCCAGAUUCAAGCGGCGGGGUGCAAGUUCUCGAAUAG